AUGGAGUCGCUUAACUUCAACAUUAAAGUGCCGCUGCUCGAGAAGGCGGCGACUAACGUGAAGGACAUCAUCUCCCACAUUAGACUCAAUGACGGAGUGUACUUUGACCCGAGCAAAUAUAACAAGGAGGAAAUUAGGAGUGACCUAAGAAGUAACAAUGUGCAGAGAAAGGUCGAGGGAGUAAAGCGCUUGCUGAUCGCGCACUCCAUGAAGGAAGACGUGUCUGAAUUCUAUGUGGAAGUUUCAAAUAAUUUGUCACAUGCAAAUCGCACCCUGAAGAAGCUCAUAUACCAUUAUUUGUGUCUUUAUGCUCAGCGGAAUGCCGACCUGAGCAUGCUAACCGUGAAUUCUUUUAAGAAGGACAUUUCAAGUAAUGACUUUCAAAUUCGUGCAUAUGCCUUGAGGGCCAUGUGCUCCUGUCGGUCACUCGAAAUGAUCAGUGUUGUCAUGGAUUCACUUAAACUAAUGGCGAAGGAUAGGUCUCCUUACGUUAGGAAGACUACCGCUGAUGUGAUCCCUUCUAUAUAUAACGUGGACCCUGAUCAGUUAGUUGUGUUGAGAAACAUUUUGCUCGACUUGAUUGGUGACAGGGAGGUCACCGUCGUGUCUGCCGCCGUGGCUUCAUUCUGCACCAUGUGUUUGGGGGUCCCUCCUCAUUGGGGUGAAGAAACCACUCACGAUGAGUUGGCGGCGGAGCAGGGGCCAGUUACAAAGGAAAAACAAAAAAAUGGUCAAGAGACACCCACAAAUCGCAUCCCUCACGGCGUCACGUCUACACAAGAAGGAGAAGUGAAGGAUGUAUCAGGGGAAUGUAGCAACUCGAGUGGGACCCACCGCAAGAACUUACACAACUGGCUGUCCUUCCUUCACCCGCAUUAUUACAAGCUGUGCAGGUACCUACUCCUCAUGCACCCCUUCCACCAGACAUACCUAAUAGAUCUGCUGCUUCAAUAUUGUAGGGUGUUUUACCGAGAUCCCCUUACAAAUGAAAAUAUAAAUUUUACGAAAUUGCUUCGCGUGUUCAGUUGCUCUGAUGGAGAGGACAGCGAAGAGGACAGCGCAGACGACGCAGAGGAGGGCGGUGCAGAAGAUUACCCCAAUGUAGGCUGCAUGCCCCGCCAGAGAAGCCCCUCCCCAUGCUACCCCUGCCCGGACGACGAAUGGAUUGAAGAACAGGAGGAGGAAAUUGAAGACUACGGCGUGGACAUUGAAAUGUUCAUUGAAAAGCUGCUCCUCCUGUUAUCCUCCUUUAGCUACAACGUUGUUAUACAAUGCAUCUCCUCUCUGUACCAUUUGACCAAAUUUACAUUCAAGGAGAAUAUUAUUCAAGCUAUUAUUUCUUGUAUUAUGAAAAGUGCAAUCGAGGGAAAUGAUCACACAUAUGCUCUCUUUAUUAAAAGCGUUCAGUCGAUUAUAAUUCUGUUGAAAGAAGACUUCGCUGCUUACCUCUCCUUCUUCUACAUUAGCGCCAUGGAUAGUACGGUUAAAAAAAAAAUGAAAAUUGAAAUGCUAUACAUACUAAGUAAUGAUGAGAACAGACCAGUCGUGUUGGAGGAGCUGUUGCAUGCUCUCUUUCAACCAGGCAAUGAUGAUGUUGUUGUGAAGAAGCUGUUCAGGCACAUCACUGCAGUAGCUGUUGCCGAUUCGUCCUGUCUGCCCAUAGUCAUGCAACACAUCAUUGCUCUGCUAAACUCGAAUCUUCAAUUGUAUUCAUAUGAGGCCAUUCUUUCUUUAAGGCAGUUACUCAAGCAGAGUGACUCAGAUAAUAUAGCCCAAAUUAAUUUUUUCUUGACUCGAAUUUUUUUUUCCAUUGAAUCGUGUGAAGUUCGAGCGUCUGUCUUGUGGACCCUGGCAAAGUAUCAGCACUUUACAGACCACUUAUUGCUUUUCGAUUUUGCUCGCAUUUUGGUGAAACGAUUGGAUCAUAUGGAGGCGGCGCUGAAGGUCCAGGUCCUCCACUUCAUGCUCAAGGUGUGGGCCUACCAGUACGUCAUUUGUUUCCUCCAGGGCAGGGAUACGGGAGGGGACAAGCAAAAGGAACAAGUGGCGAGACCCGCCGCAACCACGAGCGUCUACCAAGAGCAGCACGCGGCGUACACAGCGCACGCGGAGCACCACGUGGAAGACUUGGUCAAGUACGAAGGUCUGUGCAAGCUGGCCCUUCUCCAGGGGUCGCGCCCUCAAGAGCGGUUCGAUGUGCAGGAGACGAGUAAAUUUUACGCCAACACCAUGCUGAGGAUAAAGGAGCUGGCAGACAAGGGUGAUAUGAAUUGUACCUUUUGGCAAAGGGACUUUUAUAAAGAACCAUUCAACGAGUACACCUUGCCUCUGUGCUACUUGAAGCACGUUUUUCUUAACACGGGCAAUGGAGAACCCUCUGGGGUGUUGCAUCUCAGUGGGGAGGAAAUGGAGCAUGUGCGCAACUCUCUCGUUGGCACGGCUCAGGGGGAAGAGCACGAUGGUUACGGAGACAACUACCACGUCGACUUGGAUGAAAGCGGCCAUCUCGAUUACGGUUGCAAUUACCGUCAUGGUUGCGACGAUGGAGCAGACGUCCAAAUUGACCUGAACAACCCAGUUGUCCUGCAGCUGAAUACCAUGUCGAGCAUCCUCAACAGAAAACUGCCAUCCUACGUAGACCUGCCCGACUUUGCGGAGGAGGAUUUGCCCAGAAGCGCACACAUGACAAACAGGAAAAAAAACAAGCAGCCCGUCACGAGUAUCUCCUCGAGGGAUGUACAGAUCAGCUACAGUGCCCACGUGAGCAGUCAUCAGAUUUUUUCCGACGUGGACGAUUUUUACAAGGAUGAGGGAAGAAAUCUCGUGGACAGACCGACGAGCUGCACACAAAACAGGCUGCGGAAUGUGCACAGCUCGAUGCUGCAACUUUCCAACGGACUGCUUACCAACAGGGGGACCAAAAUUCAGGGCGAGGAUGACGAGUCUGAUGAUGAGCAGAAUGAAGCCCCGCCCAAAGUAGGCGAUAGUAGUGUGGGUACAUACCUAGGGGAGUGCAUGUCCGCCACCAAUUUGUCCAAAAUAAACGAGCAGCAAAUAAAUGACAUAGAAAAAUUUUUCUUCAGUGAUGAGGAAGAUUUCAAGGGGGUCGCAUAA